ACAAGGACCUGAAGACGGACGGGUUCAGCAUGGAGGCGUGCCGCCAGAUGGUCAACCUCAUGGACAAGGACGGCAGCGGGAAGCUCGGGGUGGUCGAGUUCCAGAUCCUUUGGAACAAAAUCCGCAACUGGUUGGGGGUCUUCAGGCAGCACGACCUGGACAAAUCCGGAACCAUGAGCUCCUACGAGCUGCGCAUGGCCCUGGAGACCGUAGGCUUCCGGCUGAACAAUAAGAUCAUGCAGGUCCUGGUCGCCCGAUACGCUGACGGGGAUUUGGGCAUCGACUUCGAUAACUUCGUCUGCUGUCUGGUGAAGCUGGAGGCCAUGUUCAGAUUUUUCCGGGGCGUCGCCUCUGAGGACAGCGGGGCGGCGGAGAUGAACCUGGGAGAGUGGUUGACGCUUACAAUGUGCGGAUAGACGUGCUGCCUGCGGGCCCCGGACCCCGGACCCCGGCUCUCCUUGGUGCCCAGACACUAACCUCAUCCUAUAGGGGAUAGAAUCACUAGGACUGAACACGAAGACGCCGAUCACAUGACAAGACCCCAAAGACGUUCUACUCACUGCAGCCAAUCAGAGCCCGGUGCCAUAACCAUAUGAUCACUGUGGUGUCCGGCCCCACCCACCGUGACAGUCCGGCCCCAGAGGAUGCCUAUCCCCCAUAUUACUAUAUUAUAGAGAUCUUUAUAUGAGGGUCGGGCAGACACCCCCCCCACAUAUCAGAGGACCCCACUGGUGAAGGGCUCAAUCUAUAAGACUUGUGGGGCGUCCUGCUGGGGGCGCCGACACUCCUCGUUGCUAGAAUAUGAAGAUUGUUUGCGCAUGUUAAUAAAAAAACGGAGAAA